AUGAGUAAACGAACACCUAUCCAAUCAAAAAAAAUAUAUAUUUCCAGUGGAAGUGGCAAUAACGUCAAGGUAGCCAGAUGGAUAAGGAGAGGUUGGGAAAGUACAAAGACUACAGUGGUCAAGAAUAUACCAUCAACAUCAAUCAUGAAUGCUACCACUAUUAUCUUCACAACCAUCAUGCCGAUGUCUAUCCUACCACCAAUGUAUUUUCAUCUGACGGAUCAAUAUCCUACUGACAAAGUAUGUCCUUCCGAAACUGUGACGACAAUGACAAUGAUGGAAAGUAUCACCAACCGAUGA